CGCGUGCCCCGAGAUCCGGCACGGCUGCGGCGCAUGCGUAGCUCGGCGCCCUUCGCCGCGUCCUCUGCUCGCCCGGCGCUGCGCACGCGCUCCGAGGCGCUCGGCUUGGCUGCGGCGCGGCCAUGGCGGGGGCGCUGAGGAAGACCACUGGACUUGUAGGAUUGGCUGUAGCUGAAAACCCUCACGAGCGCCUGCGAAUACUGUACACAAAAAUCCUUGGUGUCUUGCAAAACAUUCCCAAAGAUGCAGCAUAUAGGAAAUACACUGAACAGAUUGUAAAUCAGCGAUUUAAUUUGGUGCAAACGGAGACUGACGUGCAAAAACUACAGGACAAACUGAAUAGUGGUCACAUAGAAGAAGUCAUUGUACAGGCUGAAAAUGAGCUUUCCCUGGCAAGAAAAAUGAUGCAGUGGAAACCAUGGGAGCCUCUAGUUGAAGAACCUCCUUCUGACCAGUGGAGAUGGCCAAUAUAAUUUUCAAAAUGGUGUAACCUCUUGGAAGUAAAAAAAUAAGUUAAUUAUUAAUCUAUUGUUACUGACAGUUAUCUUUAAAUUAAAGAUAAGAUCUUCAUAAAAACAUGUUUUGUCCUGACAUCCAUUUAUAUUCAGCAGUCUAAAGACUUGUUUCCAAUUCCUUGUAAAAGUAUGGUUUUAAGAAAAUUCUUCUCAGCUCUUGUACAACCUUUGGUAUAUUCCCUUUUGCAAUUUAUUAUUAACAGGGUAUUUAGGCCUCAUCCUGUGUUACUUUUAUCCUCUGUAUUUGUGUGUUAACAUGUACAGCUAUUGAGGCCAUUUGAAAUCAAAAUCAAAGAUAUAGAAAAGUGUGAUCCUACCCUUCUCUCCCACCCUUGGUUGUGUAUCUUUGCCAGCCACUGCCAGCGUCUUUAUGACCAUGCGGAUAAUGAGUUAAGGGAUCUGACAUAAUGAAAACUAGGCCAACCAAAAUUAACAUUUUUUUAGAUUUCAGCUGAAUUGCUAUCUGGAACUGGCUGACUUUACUGCUUACAAAGACACUAGUUCUGACUUGGGGGAAGAACUACUUUAUCAUAGCUGUUUUUUCAUAGUUGAUAGGCCUAUAAGCUUACCUGUGGCAUCAUUAUUACUAAUUAUUAAUUACAUCUUCACAUAAUAUUUCAUGCAAUCUGGAUGUUAGUGGAGGAGAGCAGUAGAAGAGAGAGUAAGUAUACCUAGGGCGUUGACUAGCAACUAUUUUUACUGCAUUCUUUAGCAUUGCUUUUUUUCAAGUAAUAUUACUAUAAUUACAGACAUUUUUAGAUUUUUAAAAUUGCAAAAGGGAAAAAUAUUUUGCUUCGUUGGUUGGUUUUGAAGGCUUUCUCAGUCUUAAAAAAGGCAAAAGCUGGUCUCUUCUGAAAUAAUACCACUAGAUGGCAUUCCAGAAAAGGAAAAGUUAAUAAGUUGCUGA